AAAAUAAAAAAGUUAUAGGGGUGAGACACUUUCGAGACGCACCCGGUAUACACUCUUCUUCAAAAGGUAAUAUUAACUUUAUUACGUUAUAACGGUGUCUAAAUUGUUUUAAUUUCAACAAUGUCAAUAAGCUAUACCUGAGCAUGACGUAGAAAUUUGACGUUUUAGAUUUCAAAUUUAAUGUAGUAUUUUCUUCUUCACGAUGUCGCAAAAUUCAAGUUCCAGUUUAAGAAAAAGUCGUUCGAAAAAAGGAAAAAUCACCAGAAACCCUUUUCUCAACUUUCUGCGAGAUUUCCGAAAAAACAACAAAGGUUUAAAAGUGACGCAGCUGACCAAAAUCGGAGCGAAGGUAUGGAGAAAUAUGAAUAAAAGGGAAAAAUCGCCAUACUACAGGAUGGCAAAAGAAGCACCGAAAAAGGGAUACAGGAGAAAAAGCCACAGUCGCAGGUCGCGUAGUAGGAAAAAUGACAUGAUGGUGGACGAUGAUACACCUGAAGAUCCAGUAAACGGUAACGAAAAUAGUAUUGAAAAUAAGCCCGAAAGCAUUAUUGAUUUGGACAAUUACCGUCCUCCUAGUAUAAGAAAUACAGAUUCGCAAGAACUGAAGAUUAUUGAACUUCCUCAAGACGACGGUGAUCAAAUUAAAAAAGAUGAUAAUGAAAUCGUUUAGUGCAUCCAUUUUUCCUUUUGUCGUAUUAUUGUAUGUACCUUGUUUUGUUUCUAAAGAUUUACACGUUUAAUAUACACAAGUUUCUCUAGUCA